UUUUGGUAGUUCGGUAUUUUGUUACUUUUUGGGAAUCCUGUUUCCACCCCGCACAGUAGGUGGCGGGAUGCACAUGAAGUUGUGCGAUCGCCAAUAUACCAUAGAAGAAGAACAUUCCUCCAGGAAGAAGACUCGGAGGUUGUCUGGUCGAUUCAACAGUGAAUGAGAUGGCAAAGAAUGGGGCAAGCUGUGAACAACCACAGAAGCGAGGAACCAAAGACAAACAGAAUGGACAUUUUGCAGACUCUGCGGUGAGUGAGAGGAGGCAGAAAGAUCGGGAGGAGCGUCUCGCUCUGGUGCUGUGGAGGAGGCCUAUCGUCACACUAAACUACUUCCUCUUGGAAACCUUCAUCACACUAAAGGAAUGGACAUUAAAGUUAUGGCAAAGAAGGGGUACAGUGUUCUUGAUCCUGGUAUUGUGUUCACUCUUCUCCCUUGCCUACUCCACUGAGGGAGCACACCAGAAGUAUGUGCAGUACCUGGAGAAGAGGUUCCUGUGGUGUGCCUACUGGGUAGGUUUGGGCAUCCUGUCCUCAGUAGGCCUUGGGACUGGCCUACAUACCUUCCUACUAUACCUGGGUCCACACAUAGCAUCAGUCACCCUGGCUGCGUACGAGUGUGGUUCUACAGACUUCCCCGAGCCCCCCUACCCAGACCAGAUCAUCUGUCCAGAGGGAGGAGUGGAGGGCAGCAUCUCACUCUGGUCCAUUGUCUCAAAGGUCCGCCUGGAAGCCUGUAUGUGGGGUGCAGGUACAGCUAUUGGGGAGUUGCCCCCCUACUUCAUGGCCCGAGCAGCCAGGCUAUCUGGAGCAGACCCAGACGACGAAGACUAUGAGGAGUUUGAGGAGAUGCUGGAGCAGGCACAGACUGCUCAGGAUUUUGUCACAAGAGCAAAACUGGGCGUUCAGAACAUGGUGCAGAAAGUGGGAUUCUUUGGGAUUCUAGCCUGCGCCUCGAUACCUAAUCCUCUGUUUGACCUGGCUGGUAUAACAUGUGGCCACUUCCUGGUACCAUUUUGGACCUUCUUUGGAGCGACGCUUAUUGGGAAAGCCAUCGUCAAGAUGCACAUACAAAAACUGUUUGUUAUUAUAACGUUCAGCAAGCACAUAGUGGAACAGAUGGUGUCUCUGAUCGGGUCUCUGCCGAGGGUAGGUCCCUCCAUACAGAAGCCUUUCAGUGAGUACCUGGAGGCCCAGAGGAGUAAACUCCACCACCACACUGGCGCUGGCACCCCGGCGACUGAGAACUGGCUGUCAUGGGUCUUUGAGAAGGUGGUUCUGGUCAUGGUCUGUUACUUUAUCUUCUCCAUCAUCAACUCCAUGGCUCAGAGCUACGCCAAGCGACGACAACAGAGUCGGCAGCAGAGGUACACUGAGGAGAAAACCAAGUGAUAAGAGACUCACCAACUGACUGCUGAGAGUCCCUCAGCUCUGUCUCAAACUAACCUUGUCCUUUUCCAUUCUUAAGAGGCUGAACUGGCACUAUUCUGUGUGUGCUUACGGAUGUAUACUGUUUGUUUGUCCUUAAGGUUUUGUAGUUUCCCCUCAUCUGUGUUUAGUGUGUGAUAGGAUAUUUUUUAUUUUACCUUUAUUUUACUAGGCAAGUCAGUUAAGAACAAAUUCUUAUUUUCAAUGACGGCCUAGGAACAGUGGGUUAACUGCCUGUUCAGGGGCAGAACGACAGAUUUGUACCUUGUCAGCUCGGGGAUUCGAACUUGCAACAUUUCGGUUACUAGUCCAAUGGUCUAACCACUAGGCUACCCUGCCAGUGGUUAGAGCGUUGGACUAGUAACCGAAAGCAGUUAAGCAGAAACUGGAGGUCAACUGUUUUGCUGGCAGCUAUACCAGCUGCAAUGCCUUAUGCAAGGUGGAGGGUCCUACUUCCAUUGAACACAGUUCUUAAAUCACUAGACUUGAUUUGUACCAAAUUUUUCACUGUAUGGAUGGACUCAGACAUUGUAUGCUGAUAUGAUGCUAAGGAUGUUUUCAGGGUUACAUUUUCUUGUGUUUUGUCCUGUUGAUCAGAAAUAGACCAUCUGUCAUUUGUGUUUUUUGGAAAUAGCAAUAUCAAGUCGGAUCAAUGUGUUAUUGGUUUGCACAUCCUGGAAAUAUUUUUGGGACGGUAUGGAUGCAUAUGUAUUUUGAAUGAUCUGGACGAACUAACUUGGACCAAAACGGAACAAAAAGGAUUUGUAACUUAACAUUACAUUCAGCUAACUUUGUCAUUUUUAUUCUGUACAUUUAGACGGUCUUUGAGCAGAAUAUAUAAAAAUGCCUAAAUCGUU